AUGUCCAAAGUAUCCAUUUUGAAUUCCGUAUUUUCGGAAAUCGAAAAAUUGGACUCGGCCGAAGAAUACAAAAGAAUCAUUAAACUCGUCGAGAAACAUAUUCCUCAAUUUCCCGAAGAGUUAUCGUUGGUUCAAUCAAAAGUCGUUUGUCUGAUCCAUCUGAAUCAGAUCGAAGACGCAUACAACUACAUACUGAAAAAUGAAGCAUCACAGAAAUUUGCAUUUGAAAAAGCUUAUUGUUUGUAUCGUUUAAAUCGCUCUGAGGAAGCAUUAGAGUUGAUUAAUGAAGAACCUAAUCCUGCACAGAGUUUUAAGGAGUUAAAAGCUCAAAUUCUUUAUAAAUUGGAAAGGUACAAUGAAUGUUUUGAUAUGUAUCGAGAUAUUAUCAAACAAAGUAAAGACAGUUUUACAAAUGAAAGGGAAUCAAAUCUAACUGCUGUUAUUUCUCAACUUUCUAAAUUAGGAGAUAAUAAAUAUGACAUUCCAACUGUCAAACAACAUAAUACUUACGAAUUUAUGUAUAACAUUGCAUGUGUACUAAUUGAUAGAAAAGAGAUUGAAAAAGCUCAAGAUUUACUCGAUCAAGCUGCAAAAUCUUGUAGAAAUACAUUGGAAGAGGAAGAAGCAACCGAAGAGGAAAUUCAAGAAGAACUAACUGCUAUUAAAGUACAAGGGGCUUAUUGCUUACAAAAAUUAGGCCGUGAUAAAGAAGCACAAUCUGAAUACACUGAAGUAUUAAAGUAUAAGCCAAAAGAUAUUGGAUCUUUAGCUAUUGCUUCAAAUAAUUUAGUAGUAUUAAAUCGAGAGCAUAAUGUGUUUGAUUCGAAAAAAAAACUCAAGUCAACAUUGUCUGAUGAAUUAACUCACAAGUUGAAUACCUGGCAAUUGAAAAAAGUCAUGUUGAACCAUUGUCGUUUUGCAUUAAUCACUAAUCAAUUAGACCAGUGUACUCAAUUAUGUGACAACAUUGAAAAGAAAUACCCAGACCUAAUUGAGGAUAUUAUACUAUUAAAAGCAGUAAUGCUAUGGCGUCAGAACAAAAAUUCCGAAGCUAUUGACAUGUUGAAGAAGUUUGUUUAUCAACAAAAAAAUCCCACUGCUAAACUCAAUUGUACCUUGGUGGCCGUAAAAUUAUUAUUAGUGCAGAACGAUACUAAUGAAGCAAUUACUUUAUUAGAAAAUCUUGGGGAAUUGAAGUAUAAACUUGGAAUUGUUAGUACACUUGUUACGUUGUACUUAAAUGUUGACAAUUUUAAAGCGGCUUCUGACUUAUUUAAUGACACUUUGUCUUGGUACAGUCAGAAAGAGGUGGAUAAUUCAAAGAUUACCAUUUUAUUAAAACAACUUGCCAAAUUACAUUUACGAGAACAAGAUCCUAAGGAAGCAGCUAAACGGCUGUCACGACUACUUGAAUUAAAUCCUAAUAAUAAAAAGUUUUUGGCACAACUUAUCAUCGCUUACACACAGUUUGACCCAGAAAAAGCUCAAAUGUACAGUAAACAGCUUCCACCAUUGGACCUCCAAGAUACUGACAUAGAUUUACUUGAAAAUACUAACUGGAUGAUGGGAUCUAAAUUAAUCAAAAAAUCCACAUUGAAACCAGACUUUGCUGGAUCCAAAACAGAAGUUGAGAAGAAACGAAAGAAAAAGAGAAAGAUUAUACUGCCCAAAAAUUUCAACCCAGACGUACCUCCUAAUCCUGAACGUUGGUUGCCGAGACACGAGCGUACUGGAUAUCGCAAGAAAAAAGAUAGGAGAAACAAGGAAACAGGCAUCGGAAAAGGAACGCAAGGGGCCAGCAAUGUAUCAAGUGAACAAUUUAACAUCAAAAAUAUUGCGGCUCAACCCAAACCUCAGACUGCUCAAGUGCCUUCUGAGAAUGCACCCAGACUUCAACACCGAAAAGGAGGACAAUAUAAAAAGAAGAAGAAGGGAAAAUGAUUGCACCAUUUGUUACUUCCCAAUAAACAAUAAUAUAUUAUAAAUAAUUAUAGUAUAAAUA